AUGGAACUAGUUGGUGCGGUAAAGGCCGCAUCAACGCCGGUGGUGCGUGCUGUUCUUCUCAUGAUGGCUGCACUGCAUGGUGGGCCUGAGAAAUCAAAGAAGGAGACGUGGACGUGUUGCCGCAGCGAUGGAUCCCCCGCAGCGACAUUCAGCGAAACGGAAGGAUGGAAGACGUUGCGGGAAUGUAAAGGUAUACCUCCAACUGUGGAGAUGCAGUUUCACGUGGAUCACACAAAUGACAAUGCAGUGAAGUUUAAAUGGGUCCCAAUGGAUGAUUCGCAUGUGGUCUUAAUUGCCCAACGCACAGAGACUGGGGUAUCAACGCAGCCUGUAAGUAUUUCCCUUUCCACAGGGGAGGAGCCGCUUCUCUCUAUUAUGAAGAAUGUGAGUGAGUGGACUACAGAAACUGCAGAGGAUGCUGUUAAACGACUACGACUAGCACUCUUUAAUCGUCUUUCUGCAGAAUUCCCCAGUGAGGGGAAUGGUAGUAGCAAUACUACUAAUAAUAAUACUAAUACUGCACCACCACACAGAGAGUCUGAGAGAGAAGUACUUGAGGAGAGAGAUGUAGUUCAUCGUGAAUCUAACAUUGCGGCACCAGACCGUAUUCCCGUUCCUGCCGGAGAAUCCCUCUUUGCUGGUAUUGUCCCGCGGCUUCCAGGAUAUCGCUACGGCGAGAGAGAUUUAUUACCAGGUGGAGGCAUCACACCACCCGUCGGUAAUAGUAAUAGUGCUGGUGGAAUGUUUCUGGGUCCUCAAGCCUUUAACAAUGUGGAUCUCCCACAGGCCCGAUAUAAUCCAAUGUUUCCUGGAGAUACUGGCCCCUAUCGUGGAGGACGUCCACAGCCCAUGCGGACCUUUCCAGGUGAGCCCGAUCCCGAUCUUUUACUUCCACCGGGUGGACCGGCCUUUGGGGGAUUGGGUUUUGGGCCAGGAAGGGGUGGACGUGGUCCUUCCUAUUUCGGUUGA